UCUAAUUAUUUAAUGUACGAAUAGUUUGCGGUUUUCGCUAAAAUGGAUUGGGGCAUAGCUGCAAAGGAGCAGGUAUUUCAUAAGUUAGUAUUAGAUACGAGCUAGACUUGAGAAUGUUAAGCAAUCAGCUAACGGUUGCUGAAAAGCCAGAGAAAUUCUUUGUGACCUUCAAUGACUUUAUGAGUUUGCCUCUGUUUUUCUAUCAUACAAUUGGAGUGGAUCCGUAUGAAUCGACUAGCUCAAAUUAUGUACAGAGUCGCUGGCUUUAUGUCAACUUUAUGGUUCAUGUUACAAAUAUGGGAUUCAACUUUGUGAUGGAAUGCAUGUUCGUCGUUCUCUACUAUAAGGACACCGAGAGUAUUGUCGAUGUAUGUAUGACUAUAUGCUAUGUGGGCUUCGUUCUCGUUAGCCAAUUGAAGACAAUCAGUGUGUGGCGUCAGAAGUCCAAGCUCAAUGCCUUAGUUCGUGAAAUGGAAUCGAUAUUUCCAUCACCAAAUCGAGUGGAGCAACAAAAGUACCGAGUGGAUUAUUAUUUGCGUCGCUGUCGCUUUUUCCUACGGGGAUUCAGUGGACUCUACUUGGUCCUUGUCGUGACAUAUAGUUUCUAUAUCUAUGUAAAGUACCUAAUCCAGCACUGGCUGAUGCAAUCCACGGAAGUAGAGAAAGCAAUGCCUUACUUCUCCAUAUCGCCAUGGGAUUGGCACAACAACUGGAGCUACUAUCUUAUGUAUCUCCUGCAGGUGCUGGGAGCUUAUACAGCCACGACAGGACACAUUUCGGCCGAUAUUCUCAUUUAUGCCGUCAAUAUGCAGCUUGUCAUGCACUUUGACUAUUUGUCUAAUGAAUUGGCCGAAUUUAAAAACGAUGCAGCGAUGUUACAUGGGACUAAGAGCUAUGCCAAAGACUUGAAAUUACUGCAGGAUUUAAUAUCCUAUCACAACAAACUACUCGGACUCUCCGAUGUGAUGAACAAUGUCUUUGGCAUGCCUCUACUCUUAAACUUUCUGACUUCCUCAGUAAUGGUUUGCUUUGUGGGCUUUCAGAUGACCCUUGGCUUGAGCGCAGAUCAUACUGUGAAGUUGGCUCUCUUUCUAAUAUCAGCUGUCUCAGAGAUUUAUUUGAUUUGCUAUUUCAGCGAUCUGCUGAUUGUUGCAAGUGAGAGUGUGGCUUCAGCUGUUUAUAAGAUGGAAUGGUUUGAAGGCGAUUCUCGAUUUAGAAAAAUGUUAAUUUUCAUAGCUUUGCGUGCUCAGAAACCAGUUUGUCUGAAGGCCACCGUUUUUCUAGAUAUCUCAAUGGAGACCAUGACUAUGUUCUUGAAAAUGUCUUAUCGUUUAUUCUGUGUAAUACGCACUAUGUAUCAGUAGAGUUCUUCUACAUGUAAUGUGGUUGAAGGAAGAUCUUUAGAAAAUGUUAAACUCUCAAAGGAGCAAUAAUCUCUUGAAAUAUAUUAUUUGUAUUACAUUAUUGUAUUACGGCACGUUAGUUUAGUGAAAAUAACAAACACGAUAAUAAAGUGACAUC